CUUCGCAUUUGAGACGGCGCGGCGCACGCGCAUAAACAAUAUCAGUGCAUAGACAAUAAAUUAAAAAGUUCAAUUUUUUCCAAAAAAGGAUUUAUUAAAACUGCAAACACGUUGCGUUCAAGUGAGAGUGUUUCCAUCGUUGAAAGCUUGGCGUGUGACUUAAUUUUUCAUUACCAAGAACCAGAAGCCAAGAUGACGCUAGAACAGCCAGCUGGAGAGAUGUGGCAGAAGAUCCGCGAGGAACUGAACGAGAACCCCGACACUCGCGAACAGGACCUCGCGCACAUCAAGGAAUGGCUGAAGAAGGAACCACAUCUACCUGAUGAAUUCGAUGACCAACGUAUCAUGACCUUCCUCCGUGGUUGCAAAUUCUCCCUGGAGAAGUGCAAGCGUAAGCUGGACAUGUACUUCACCAUGCGCUCCGCCGUGCCCGAGUUCUUCACUGAACGAGACAUCACCCGCCCCGAGCUACAGGAAAUCACUAAAAUUAUUCAAAUGCCGCCACUGCCAGGACUUACUCCUGAUGGUCGCCGAGUUGUACUUAUGAGAGGUGUCGAAAAAGAUGUUCAAACACCCAAUGUAGCAAAUGCAUUCAAGCUGGCCCUUAUGCUGGGUGAUGUCAGACUCGUGGAAGAGAAGGAAGGAGUAGCCGGAGAUAUUUACAUUCUGGAUGCUUCUGUAGCGACCCCCAACCACUUCGCCAAGUUCACUCCAACGUUGGUGAAGAAAUUCUUAGUUUGUGUUCAGGAGGCAUACCCAGUAAAACUGAAGCAAGUCCACGUAAUAAAUAUUUCCCCAUUGGUGGACAAGAUCGUCAAUUUCGUCAAGCCGUUCCUAAAGGAGAAGAUCAGAGAUAGAAUAUUCAUCCACAGUGACGUCAGCGAACUUUACAAGCAUGUUCCACAAGAAAUGAUGCCGAAUGAAUACGGUGGAAAGGCUGGUCCCAUGAAUGACAUUCACAAUGCCUGGGUAAAGAAACUCGAAGAAUACACACCUUGGUUCACCGAACAAGAACAAUACAAGGCAGACGAAUCUCUCAGGCCUGGGAAACCUACCAACUAUGAUGAACUUUUCGGGAUUGAUGGCUCCUUCCGUCAAUUAGUUAUAGAUUAAGAGACGUUACCAUAGCGUGCUUCCCAAGGGUCAUCACAAACGUAGCAUUUGCUUGAUUUUUUAGCUUGAUUCUCAUUUGAGUACUGAUUAGUUAAUCAACCUCAAUAAAAUUUUGUAGGCACGUUUUAGUUUAUGGAUAUGUCUAGGGUUUCAUCAUCAUCAUCAUCAUCAUCAGCCUGUGGACGUCCACUGCUGGACAUAGGCCUUCC